UUCGUUACCAAGAGCCUGAUCGUUCAAAAGGUUAUUCCUCGAAGGCUGUAUUCGGAUUUGGGAAAGUACCUCCAGCCACAACCAUGGCGACUGCUAAAAGCUGAGAAUUGCUCUGCUUACAAACAAUACGGUUUUGAGAUAUAUGAACUAUUUUGUCUAGUCAAUUUCGCAAGUCUGCUAUCGAAGAAAAUCAUGAGUGAUUCUCACGAAAAUACAUAUUUUAAAGAUUGUUUUGCCGAAUUUAAUGAGUACAGGAAAGCUGGUCUAUAUUGUGAUUUUACGAUCAAAGUUGGUUCGGAAAAAUUCCGAGUGCAUAAGAUUAUUUUGUCAACUGCAACUGAUUAUUUUAAGUUAAUGUUUCGGCAUGAGACUGUUGAGACUCUGUCAGGAGAAGUUGAUAUCCAAGGCUUCAGUGCGGAUAUUAUUAAGAAAGUUAUCGAGUAUAUCUAUACUUCCAAAUUCCCCAUUGAUGAGACAUCUGAUGUCGCAUCAUACAUACAGGCUUCACAUCUCUUACUACUGCCAAAAUUAUGUGGUAUUGUCACUGAAUAUCUGGAACAGAAUUUGGGUCCCAAAUCUUACUUCAUCACCAUAAAUAUCUCGAAGUUGUACGAUCUGAAACAACUCGAAGAGAAAUGUGAUAAAAUUGCUUCCAACAACUUUGCAAAAAUUGCAGAACUGGAUGAAUUCAAGAAAAUAAAUGAAAAACAGUUGGUGGGAAUGAUCAACGCCAAAGAAAACACGGCAACUGAAGAAGAAAAGUGCUUGGCUUUGAUGAAUUGGACAAAAUUUGAUGAGAAGAAACGUUCAAAGCAGUUUGUCAGAUCUUUCAAGCAACUGGAUUUGACUAAGAUGUCGCUUUCAUAUCGCAGAAAUCUUCUGGAGCAAGAUAGCCUGAUUGGUUCAAAUGCUGAAGUACUCAAGAAUAUAGCACUUUCGUUUUUCGGUAGCGAGACUGCUGCAUCAGAUUCUGGAGACGAUGCAUUGGUCGUUUUUGACAAGUCCUCUUCCCAUCUCCAACAGUUCAAUCCAAGGUCAAAUGAAUGGAAGCAAAUGCAGAAAAUGGAUGAAGAUAUGAAGUCAAAAUGGUUCUCUGCUAUUGCAUUGAAUCAGCAUAUCUAUGUCUUAGUUCAAGACAACUCAUUUUAUCGACUCAAAUAUGUCAAUGUUAAUGCUACAUGGGAGAAAUUGCAGAGUCCAUUCGAAAAUCAUGGCUGGUUCCCACCAAUGACUUUGGUUGAUGGUGAAAUCUGGAUUGUUGGUGGAUGUUGGGGAUCUAAAACAAAAACAGUGGAAAAGUAUGAUUCUCUGAGAAACCAGUGGACAAAAAUGAAGAGCAAGAAUGUUAAAUGUGAUGGUCCAGCAGUCAUCUGCAUGCAAGGAAGCAUUUAUAGUUUGGGAGGAGAUGAAGGAUUAAGUAUAACCAACAAAGCUGAAUGCUUCAAUCUAAAUACAUCAACAUGGAGUUUCAUUUCACCAAUGCUGAAUGCAAGAAAAGCAUCUGCUGCUGUGGAAUUUCAGAAUCAACUUUAUGUGCUUGGUGGAUAUGACGGGAGGCAGUAUCUGAAAACUGUUACAACAUACGAUCCAUCAUCCAAUUCCUGGACCAUGUUUGCACCGAUGAUAUCGGCUCGAUAUCGCUUCAGAAGCUUUGUUUUCAACGGGAACAUUUAUGCAGUUGGUGGAUAUAAAACAAGUAAAACCAUAAAAUACAAUUCUGAAAAGAAAACCUGGGUGAUGGUUGACAUUCCCAAAGAUAUGGACCUUUAUAUAAAGGACUCAGUGAAAAUAAAAGCCAUAUGAAUAUUCGCACCCAACAUAUUGACUUUCGAACGUUCCACAGUCUCUAAUUAUUUUAUUCCCGUUUAUCGUGGCACUUGAUUUUUAUAUUUUGUAUUUUGCAAUCAAUCAAAUAUUCUUUCUGUUCAAAUUGUAAUUUGAACUCAGUCCCUGUAUAUCGCGAAAACCCUUCCUCUCGACGUACUGCCAAUUUUUAUAUCAACUCAUAUUAAUUUGUGUGUGAUCAAAUUAGGAUAAGAUUUACAUAUUUAUCUUGAGGGAGAGGAAAGCCAAUAAGACUGCUUAACCAUAUCGCUUACCACGGCCUCUCGACCAGUUACCAUUUCAUGUCGGUUAUGGGAUUAGUUAGUUAUUUGUUUUUGGAAGCAUGGACUUGAUGGUAGAGGAAGCUGUAACUGACCGAUGGCUACGUGAACCACCCUACGACGGCAAGAAAUCC